AUGGACCCCCUGGACAGAGCUCAAGACAUCCUCCUCUGUGACCUGUGUCAAAAAGCUGCAUUACAGAGUCAUUGUGAACUUUGUCAGAUUAACCUGUGUAAGGCCUGUGUAGGAGAGCAUCUCUCUGAUUCAUCCAAAAGACACAAUGUGGUACCAUACAAACAAAGGACUUCUAUUCCUAACUUCCCAAAAUGUACAAACCACACCCAAAAACAUUGUGAACUUUACUGUGAGCAAUGUGACAUUCCUGUCUGUUCUACCUGCAUCUACUCUGGGAAACAUAAAGGACACGAUUUUUCAUAUGCUCUACAGAAACUCAGUUCUAAACCAAAAAUUUUAGAAAACGACUUGGAAGAACUAGAGGAAAAUAUCUACCCUACAUACGAAGAAAUUACAUCAGAUCUUAACUCUGAAAAAGUCAACUUGGAAAAACAUUACGAGAAACUGACAACAGCUGUCACCAAACAAGGAGAAGACUUGCACAGAGAAAUUGACAUCAUUAUCAACAAACAGAAAUCUGAAAUUGAUGAGAUGAAAAAAGAACACUUGGCUGCUCUAAAUAAACAGCAAAAAGAAUUCAAACAGAUUACUUUAGAUAUAAAACAAAGCAUAGCUGAUCUGAAGAGAAUACUGGACUCCAAUGAUGUCUCCCUUACAUCUGCUUACAAAUCAAAGAAUGUCGAAUUCAGGAUUCUACCUCCUAAAUUCAACGUCAUAUUACCAAGUUUCUCUCCAAAUCAAAUUAAAAAAGAAACGCUAAAUCAAAUGUUUGGUUCCCUGUCAGCAUUUUCCAUUACAAAAGAAGAACAUGGCUACACAAUGAAGACAUCUAAAGCUGUAUCCUCUCCUCCAGUGAAACCACUGCUUGAUAAACCAGAGCUCACCACCACCAUAGACACUCGGUAUAAUCUAUACAGUGUUUCCUGUCUCAGUGAUGAAGAAAUCUGGACUUGCGGGAAUGAUAAAAUCUUGAAACUCUUCAACCUUGAAGGUAAACUACUGAAGUCAAUCCAAACCAAGUCACGGAACAUAGCACUUGACAUAGCAGUGACAAUGAGUGGAGAUCUAGUUUAUUCUGACUAUGAUACAAAAACUGUUAACAUAGUGAAAAAUAAACAGAUACAGGAAGUGAUCAGACUACAGAGAUGGAUACCUUGGUAUGUCUGUAGUACCUCCUCUGGUGACCUACUGGUAACCAUGGACAGUUAUGAUUAUAAACAAUCAAAAGUUAUCCGUUACUCUGGCUCCACAGAGAAACAAACUAUUCAAUUUAAUAGUGAAGGUAAACCUCUGUAUUCAUCUUGUUGCUACGUCAGUGAGAACAGGAACCUGAAUAUCUGUGUGGCUGACAACGGAGCCAGAGCAGUAGUGGUGGUUAAUCAGGCAGGAAAACUCCUAUUUAGAUAUACUGGUCAUCCCUCCACUACCAAAGGAUUUUUUGAUCCACACGGCAUCACAACAGAUAGUCAGAGUCACAUUCUGACAACUGAUACAUCCCAACACUGUAUCCACAUCCUAGAUCAGGACGGACAGUUCCUCCGUUACAUUGAUAACUGUGAUCUGCAGCAUCCAUGGGGUUUAUGUGUUGACACCGUAGAUAACCUCUUUGUGGCCGAGUGUUCCAGUUAUAAAGUGAAGAAAAUAAAAUACAUGUAA